AUGCAAGUACAGAAGCAUUUCUGGUUUUGUAUUGGUAAUGGUUUUCAAGCAUCUGUAUGGUAUGAUUCUUGGGAUGGGAUGAGCCCAUUGGCGGAUCAUAUAACGCCAAGAGAAAUUACAAGGGCUGGAUUUCAGCUUAAUGAUAACGUGUCUGAACUAAUUGAUAAUGGAAGGUGGAAAUGGCCUAGUGAAUGGACUCUUCGGUUGAACAACAUUCAAGUUCCGCAUUUGUCUUUUGAUGAUGAUAAAUUGCUAUGGAAAGACAAUAACAAUAGCUUGCAAGAUUUUUCUGUUCAUGCCGCUUGGGAGGAUUUGCGCCCAAGAGAUAAUGUGGUGUCAUGGUAUUCUGUUGUUUGGUUUAAUCAAAAUAUUCCCAAACAUGCUUUUAUCUUAUGGCUGAUUUUUAGACGUAAACUGCGUACUCAAGACUUGAUGAGUGAAUGGGAUCGAAACGGCUCAGGUGCUUUAACUUGUUCUUUGUGCGAGACACAACCAGAUUCGCAUAAGCAUCUAUUUUUUGAGUGCCCCUUUUCCCUACAUGUUUGGCAUACUGUGAAGACUAAAGCAGAUAUGACUAAUAUUGCGGAUGAUUGGGAUGUCAUGGUUGCUGGAAUUCUCCCAAUGGCUAGGAAGUUGAGCGUGCAAAGUGUUAUAGCAAAACUGGUGCUAGCGGCUACUACAUACUAUAUCUGGGAUGAAAAAAAUGCUAGGCUUUUUCGUCAACAGAAAAGAACUCGUGAUCAGCUGCUAGUGGAAAAUGAGGCGUGGCAUGUCACCCUCGUCUGUUAUUUGCUGUUUAGAAUGGAUGGUUUGGGAUUUGAAGACUUAGAUUGUCUACAAACAUUCAAGCCACCACCUCCAUUGAGGGGAGGUGAUGCUUAUCUAAAUUCCGUUCACCUUUCCCCCAAAAAUUCUGACCAUGUAAUAGUUUGUAACAAGACAUCAUCUAUCUACCUUAUGAUUUAA